AUGUCGCCAAUCACAGCGCGUCCACUCUCAGUUCAGGACUUUCCCCCAGAAAUAUUCAAUGUCGUCCUCGACUGUCUCGAUACACCCACCCUCAAAUCAUCCAGCUUAGUAUGCAAGACAUGGUGGUACAUAGCGCGCCCACAUCUCUACUCAAGUCUGAUCGUCCGCGGGCAAGAGCGCCUUCCCUCAUUUCAGAAUCUUCGAGACCAGCGUCCAUCGGAAGUCACGACAUACACUCGUCGUCUGGUCAUCGACUUCCUUAACCUCCGCAGGAAAACAUUCACCAACAUCGACACCAUUGCACGUCUGGUUGACGCAGUCCCCAUGAUGGAGAAGCUGGAGCUUCGCCAUCUAGCCCUCAACGGCCCCGAGCUCUUCACGCUCUCAUCCACAAAGCCCCCAGCACCAGCACCAGCAAGCGAUGCUCGACCCUUAUCCCGCCGUCCUCUGCGCAAACUCGGGCUCAAGACAUGUCAUUCCCGACUUACCUGUCCCAGCGUGGACCCUCUCAUCGGUCUGCUCGCGCUCUUCUCCAGCAUAGACGAUGCACGCCUCGACUUCGCCUCCCAGCCAGACAGCGAGUCCUCUCCAGGCCAGCGUUGGUCAGCCAUAAGCCCAGUCCCGAUGCUACGGAUACGGAGUCUCGCGCUGGCACGUUGGAACGACACCGCCGCGACCCUCGCGCGACUGGCCCCCCUGCUGCCCUCGGGUCACCUCCGCGCGCUGCGGUGCCCGGUGAGGGACGAAAAACACGCAGAAGUUCUCGGGCGCUUCUUGCGCCAGCACGGACCCGGCCUCGAGCACCUCAGCCUGCGGACCGAGCUCAGGCGACGGUCAACCUUUGGGUGCCCCUGUACCCGCCCGCGCGUCAGUCGUUCGGGAAUCGGAGCCGGUCCGGCUCUCCCUUCCGCAGCGAAGCUGACGAGGCACUACUCUCGCGCAGCCCUCGAAAUGCUCCCGCUCGACGCGUGCACCUGUCUGGUGUCCUUCGCGACCUACCUCCCGCGUCGCCCACCCCGCUCCAUGUUGUCUCACGGCGAGCAGUGGCUCACGUCCACGCGGCUCGCCGCGCUCGCCGCGCUCUUCCCGCGGCUCCCCUGGACGGUGCGCGAGGUGGAGGUGCACCUGACCGGGAUCGAGGAGGCGUGGCCGACGGACCGGUCGGGGGUGCGGACGGACUUUGCGCCGCUCGACGACGCGAUGGCCGUGGAUGGGCGCGCGUGGCGCGUCGUCGUUCGCGUACCGGUGGGACGUGCGCGCGUGGAGGAGAGUAGGGAGCUGUGGAGCGUGGAGGCGUUCGAGGCGCAGUUUCCGAAGUUGAGGGAUGAGGAAGCACUCGAGGUGAGACUCUAUGACCCCAGUGAUGUGUAG